GUAGACGUGUAACAAAAAUGGAAUCUCAGAACUCUGAAAAUUAUUCAAUAUCCCAACCAACUCUAAACUUUUCCAGGCCAACACAAAUUGCAAACCAAUUCAACCCACUAAACUUUCAAAUGCAACCCCUUUAUCACUUUGAUCCAACAACAGGAACAUAUAUUUCUGUUAACCCACAACAUACACCUGGAUUCUCCUUUCAAAAUCUUUUAAACUCUCCAAUUGGUAAUACUAAAGCUGAAGCUGCGGCGAGGGAGCGAAAAAAAAAAAACUAAAAAUACGAAAAAUUCUAACAGCUCCCAAGCUGCACUUGCAAAAAGGGAUUGGACCAAAGAGGAAGAAAUUGCUUUAACAAAAGCAUGGUUAUAUAUUUCUGAGGAUGCUGAUAUGGGUACCAAUCAAAAGGGAGCAGCUAUGUGGGAUCGUAUUUUGGAGGUGUGGAGAGAGAGCAUGGGGGCCGAAUGCAAUUUUGCCAGAAAUAACAAUAGCCUACAACUCAAAUGGUCCAAAAUACAAGGUGCCGUAAGCAAAUUUCAUUCCCUGUAUGAGCGUCUAGAAAGACAUCCACAAAGUGGUACAAACUCGGAGGAUUUGAUAAUAAAUUCAAUGAGGGCGUACGAGGAUUUGCACGCCACUCCUUUCAAAUUUCUUGAUUGUUGGAAAAUUUUGAUUAAAAAUCCUAAGUGGUGCUCUAAAGAACUUACAAAGGCUGCAACAUCAACGAAACAAGGGGUUGAGCACAAGAUGAGCACAAUGACAGGUGAAGUUAUGGAAACCAAUGGGAAUGGUGAUGUCGAUAAGGAAGGAAAAAAUGCAAAGAAAAAAAAAAGAAAGCUAAAUGAGGAAAAGGGAGUCGUGGACGCUUUAAACAGGUUGCAAUGCACUUUAGAGAAACAAAUCAACGUCAAUCAAGCAAACUUGGAGAUUAAACGAGAAAAUGAAGAGAAGGAGUUGAAAUUGCGGGAGGAAGUAAUGAGAAAAGAGCUUGAACUUAAAGAGAAAGCUCAAAAAAUGAAGGAGGAAAUGUAUAGGACGAAGAUGAGGGAACAAAGGAGACAAGAGAAAGAUCGGAUUAUGAACCAAGAUCUUAGCAAGCUUUCACCAACUCGUCGAGCAUAUUACGAGCUUAGGAAGAUAGAGGUCUUGAAAGAGUUGGAGAAUGAAUUUCCUCACGGGUCUAAUAUGUUGGAAACUAGACUCUUUUGGCUUUCCAAUGGUAUAUGA